AUGUUUUUCUUAUUCUCUUAUGUAGCUACGACUGAGGAAACCACCUCAGUGAAAAGCAAGAAAAGUAUUUUUCUUGAUGUUGCUUCAAAAGAUCAAUACCAAAGGCCUAUCAGUAUCCAAAACAUCUGUUUUGACUCUCAGGUCCAAGGAAGUGUGUCUUCUACUUCUCCAUUCCCCAGAGCUGCCAGCAAUAUCCCCUGGAGCAUCUCCCAUUUUGCUGGUGGUUCCUUGUUUUUUCCAAGUUGUCCUUCAGCUUCUCUUCGUCUUUUUAGAAAAGAAAAAUGGAAAAGAAAAAAAAAGUCCAAGAAAAAACAACGCAAAAAAGAAAAGAUGAGUGGUGACAUGCAAAUGAGUAAUAUGUUAGUUGUUUCCACAACGAGGUUCAGACCUUCGAUUCCUUCUCAUUCACACACUACUUCUAAAUUCACGAUAGGAAUCCCUGAAUAUCAUCAUUUACAAGAGAUUCCAAACUAUACUCAGGAGCUUCCUCCCAUCUUGAAAGACUUAAGUGUAACCUCGCUAAGCCCUGGAUCCAAUAGGCUACCUACAGUACCAGAAGUACAGAGGACUAGACGUUUUCCACUCAAGUCUUCAGCUGUUAGUAAAGUGACACUGAAAGUGGCUAAACUUCCACCUGCCAGUUCCCUACCAACACCACUGUUACCAAGAAAACCUCAAAGACAGGCUGCCAUAGAAAGUAUGAUAGAAAUUAGAAAGGCAGAAAUUAGCCCAGUACAACCUGAAGGUGUACUUAGGCCUAGACGAUUACUAGACCCAGAUGCACAUGUUCUACGUGGUGAACGUUUUAACACUGUUGCAGCAACACGCCAAGAAACAAUAGUAGCGAUGUCCAACUUGGCCAUAAUAAACUGCCAAGUACAUGGACGAAAUGCACUUAAUCUUAUGGGAUUCUUUCUUCUGCAGUGUCCAGACUUAACAACUGUGGCUUUCCAAUUGAUAUAUCUUAAUUUAUCAUUUAAUCUUCUCAGCCAGUUUCCCACAGAAAUAUUUUGUCUUACAAAUUUACAAAUACUGAAACUGAGAAAUAACCCAAUCACAGAAAUUCCUACUGAAAUUCAACAGCUGAAGUACCUUAGAAGUUUCACCAUUGCCUUUAAUAAGAUUAGGAAUCUUCCACUUGGGUUAUUUUAUCUGCCUCAUCUUGAGGAACUUGAUAUUUCCUACAAUGAAAUUACUGAGAUUCCAAAUGAAAUCCAGAAACUCAGAUCACUUGACAAACUCAUUGUUGAUGGGAAUUACUUGACUUCAUUCCCACCUGGAAUUCUGGAGCUUAACCUGACAAAAAUCCAAUAUGAGAAUACGUUCACUAGUCAUCAUUUUUGGGCAGAGAAUUCUCUGAAUAGCCCUCAAUGCCUUAUUCACAUUACUGCUUUGUUCAUUGCCCAAAAUAAUUUAUUUCAACUUUACCCUAAAAUUCAAAGAUUGCUUACAAGCACAUGCAGGUGUGAUUGGUGUCAUGGUCCCAGAUUUGGUAAAGGUUUGCAUAUCAUUCGAUCCUGUGAUAUUUUUGGAGCAACACAGCUUCCUAUUAUGUUUGUUGUCUGCUCUCCUGCCUGCCAUAUGGAUAUAAGGGAAAGCGGUUUUGUUUUGGCAGGCUUGCCUAGUCAAAGAAUACCUCUAAACAUGGACUGGGUAAGAUAUAGAAAAGCCAGUGAUAUAUCAUGCUAA